AUGUCUCUGAAGGAGAUCCUCGAAAAGACGGCAGCGGGCUGGAUCUCCGAUCUGGAAAGUCGCUCGCUGGACAAUGUUGUAUCGAGAUGGACCGACGAUAUCCAUUAUACGGUUCACCCAGAUACAGAGGGGGUCUUUCCAAUGACGAGAGAACAAUUUCGAACAUACGACAGGGCGGCAGGUUUCUUUAAGCUUUUAAAGAAACUCAAGAUUACUAUUAACGAGAUGUUCGUGGACUUGGAGAAGAGGACGGUGACGUUGAUGUGUAGCAGCGAGGGCGAAGUGGAAGCAGGGCCAUAUGGCACUGAUUAUGUCUUUGUGCUUACAAUGACGGAGGAUGGAAAGAAGAUUAAGAAGUUGUCUGAGUGGCCAGACUUUCAUAAGGUCCGAGAAGUACUUCCAAAGUCUAUGGAGGGUUAA